AACCUUCUACAAGACAAAUAUUCUUAUGUACUUCCGGGUGUGCCUAAGGAUAUUUUUGGUUAUUUUAAUGAAUAAAAAAAAAAACAUCGAGUCCAUAAGGUGAAUUUUAUAAUUUUCACAACACACCAUAUAUUUCUAUAUCAAAUUAGCACAUUGUUGUAUAAAUUAAAAGGGUGUUCUAUGAACCCAAAGCCUUUCUAAUCUGAACUAACUAAAUUAUUUUCCAUAAUUUACCAUUAUUUUCUAAAAAUUAGACUUGCAAAUUUAAUUGAACAUGAGAUACAUGACAUCAUACUUUCAAUUUAUCCUUGUCCAAAAAGAAAAAAAAAAUGUCAAUUUAAUUAACUUUCUACCUAAAAAAAAAAUGUUGAUUCGGUUAGGAUAAGCAUGCCUUUUCAGCUGCACUAAGGUGGUUGAUCAACAAUCAAAAACCUUAUAAUCCUAAUAGCCUAACAUGGCACACAACAGCAAAAAUCGGGCUUUCUCUGUUCCUCUAAAGUUGCUCCAUUUUGUUCUUUUCUUCUCUUCUACCAUCUUCUUUUUAUUAAAAUAAAUAAAUAAAUAAAUAAAUUGCUGUCUAUUAAUAAACUUUUCCUAAUUGUAAUGCUACGUAGUAAUUUUUAAUGAGCAUUCUCAAAGUUUCUAUAGUAAGUAAUGUAAUGAUUCUUGGAUCAUAAACGAGAACUGAUCAGUCUCACAUACAUGAACGUUGUUAAAAGCCGUUAAUUAUUUUAUCAUUGUUAGUAUAGUUGUAGGGAUUGAUUUAUCUCAAAGAAAGGAAUUACCUAAGAUUCUGCUCAAAGUGGGUUUUUUUUUUUUCCCUAACAAGUUUGGAUAAAUUUCCUCUUACUUUAUGAUAUUCUUCUUCUAGAACUAAUCUUGUAGGAGAUGAAUUGUACAUUUCACAUGGAAUUUGUUUUCCAGAAAUGGGUUUUGGCAUUUUUCUUUUCCUUUUGUCUCCUCUUCUCUGCUGCAUUAUCAGUUGAAGGAAUAAAAGGAAAUUCAAAAGUUAGAGCAGUGAAUUUAGGUGGGUGGUUGGUGAUAGAAGGGUGGAUUAAACCUUCACUUUUUGAUGGAAUUCUCAAUGGAGAUAUGCUUGAUGGGACAGAGGUGCAGUUUAAGUCAGUGACAUUGCAGAAGUAUGUUUCUGCUGAAAAUGGUGGUGGCUCAAAUGUCUCAGUCAGUAGGGAUAUACCUUCUUCCUGGGAAACGUUUCGGUUAUGGAGAGUGUCCGAGAAAGAAUUCCAAUUGCGCUCCACACAAGGGCAAUUUUGGACAUGUGAGGGUCAAGGAAGCUCCGUAUCAGCUACUACAGAUGCACCCGCAACCAAUGAGACAUUUAACAUAGAGAGACUUUACAAUAGCAGCCGAGUUCAUAUUAAACUUCAGAGUGGCAUCUACCUGCAGGCUCUGACAGAAAGCCAGAUUACAGCAGAUUAUCAAGGGACACCAGGAUGGGAUGAUAAUGCAGCCACCUUUGAGAUGACAAUAGUGUUAAAUAAUCUUAAUGGCGAUUUCCAGCUUGUAAAUGGAUAUGGACAUGCCAAGGCCAAAGAAGUUCUGGAGGAACAUAGAAACAGCUUUAUUACCAGAGAUGAUUUUUAUUUUAUCAGUACACAUGGGAUAAAUGCGGUGAGGAUCCCUGUUGGCUGGUGGAUUGCUUUUGAUCCUGAUCCUCCUGCACCUUUCAUUGGGGGAUCAUUGGCAGCAUUAGACAAUGCGUUUUCCUGGGCGCAUACAUAUAAUAUCAAGUGCAUAAUCGAUCUUCAUGCUGCACCCGGCUCUCAAAAUGGAAUGGAACAUAGUGCAAGCAGAGACGGCUCAGUUGAUUGGCCCAAGUCACAAGAUAAUAUUGAUAAAACAGUGGAUGUUAUUGACUUCUUGGCCUCCAGAUAUGCAGACCACCCUGCAUUGCUGGGAAUCGAGCUCUUGAAUGAACCAUCAGCUGCAGGAGUUCCGCUUGACAUUUUGGUUUCCUAUUACCAAAAUGGCUAUGAGACAGUGAGAAAAUAUUCCCCAACAGCUUAUGUUAUAGUCUGUCAGAGAAUCGGCAAUGCAGAUCCUCUUGAACUUUAUCAGGCUAACAUAGGCUUCUCAAAUGUUGUGGUGGACCUGCACUAUUAUAACCUUUUUGAUACUUUCUUUGUUAAUAUGAGUUCAGCUCAGAAUAUUGACUAUAUAUACAAGAGUAGGGAAGCUCAACUCCAACAGCUUAACAAUGCGAGUGGUCCACUUCUUUUCAUUGGUGAAUGGGUGAAUGAAUGGAAUGUAACAAGCGGAUCAGAACAAGACUACCAGAGUUUUGGUAAAGCACAGUUAGAUGUUUAUAAUGCUGCUUCAUUUGGAUGGGCUUAUUGGACAAUAAAAAAUGACAGGAAGCACUGGGAUUUUGAAUGGAACAUUAAAAACAACUAUCUUCAAUUCAGCAGCUCACCUAGAUCGUAUGACUCAGACGUCAUAUUUUUCCUACUAUUGACUUGCAGUUACUUGUUCUUGCAUCACAUUUUGUAACAGACAUCAUUUACCUUAUUCUUACAAAAUCUGAAGAGAAAUUAGAAUGCGGCUGUUCUUUUUUCUUUAAUCCUAAUUGUAUUAUACAAAAAUCUUGUAUGUUGUCAAUGAGUGCCAAUACAAGUUAAUUUUCUUCUGAUAACAGUCAACGGACCUUGAAAAAAAUAACCUCAUGAUCAACAGAUAUCCCCACGUUUUUAUCCUGCAUUGCUUGAACCAUCCAUUUCUUCUGAGUUAGAGUUAACCAAGCAAGUACAGUUGUUUUUUUGACGCCUUCAUGGAAAGUGUCAGAGUCAAGUAACUCAUGUUUGGGUCCAGUGAUUAUGAGUUGUACUGAUGUCUAACUCUUCACAAAUCCUUAUUGCAAGAGGUAAAGAGUCACCAGUCAAAACUUUUGCUGCUUCUCCUUCUUCAGCCAAAUGCCAUAAAGCUAGCUUAGCAGAGUCCAUCAGAGGAUCAUAGAAUGUCAUUAGGCCAAGAAACACCAUAUCUGACUCUUUGGAAUCAUCAUAAAGUUUUCCUCCAACAACUAUCUUCUGCAACCACAUGUUACUUUCAAAUUUCAAUAGGUUUGGUAUGAGACUGAUGCGAGUUUGUAAAAAAAUGAUUAUACCA